ACCCCAAAUGCUGAUGUGUUACAAGAAAUUGAACAGCAGCGACUCUCAUUUUUCUUGUUUUUGAUGCAGUGAAAUAAUAUCGGAGUGCAGAGGCAGCGGGUCAGAGGUCCAUGUCAAAGAAGAGGAAAGAGGAAGAAAGCAGCACCUGGUCUGAGAGCGAAUGGCCCAAAGGGAAGGUUGGCACAAAGGGAAAGAAGCAGAUCUAUGAGGAGAACGAGGGGACUCUAAAGUUCUACACACGAGUCAUCCUCGGAGCUAAUGCAAUAUAUGCUGCUGUAAAUCUUUUGAUGUUCUACAGUUCAUCCACAUUUUGGACAUGGCUGUUUCUCAUGUUUGCACUAGCAGUGUACAUCGGGAGUUACCGCUCCAUGUCUGCUAUGGCAAAGCCAGUGUUUGCUGACGAUGGAAGUCUCCUCGAUGGAGGAAUAGACUUAAACAUGGAGCAGGGAAUGGCGGAGCACCUGAAGGACGUUAUCCUGCUUACAGCCAUAGUACAAGUGCUCAGCGCAAUCUCGUCUUAUUUCUGGUAUCUUUGGCUGCUGGCCCCGGCCCGUGCCAUGCACCUGCUGUGGGUGAACAUCCUGGGCCCCUGGUUUACAGCAGAAAGCCCCUCAGCACCAGAGGAGGUGAACGAGAAGAAGCAGAGAAGACAAGAGCGCAGACAGAUGAGGAGAUUCUGAUGCUGCAGAGCAGACGGAGCAGUAUUUUUGUACACAGAAUCUAAUAUACAGAUAGCAUGGAACUCAUAAGUUAUUCAGGAAGAAAUUUUGUUAUUAAGUUAAACUCAACCCAAAUCUGAUAAUGUGGAAUCUUGUUUUCCAUGUUUGUUUUCUUUCUGUUUUCUCCUGUAAUCCAAUUUUCUCCCCAAAUUAUGAAAUGAAAUGUUCCCUAUUUAGAUAAUGUCACGGUCCAAAUGUCAUUUGUCCUCAUGCAGAGAUAUUAGAGUUUUGGUAUUGCACAAUGCCGUCACACUGCCCCCUGCAGAUUUCCAUCAAUUCCCCCCCUCACAGCAGCCCCCCAAUACACUGAUGAAAUGAUGCCAGAGGCUCUUCUGUCAUGGCAUGUUUGUAUUUUUAUUUUGUUGUUUUUGACAAAUGUAACAGAAUUAAUCAGCAAUCCAUCAUUACAGAGCAGAGAGAUUUUGUUUGUGAGCUAUUAAAGCCUUAUAAAAAAAAAUCAACUGGAUAGAAUUCAAGUUUUAAUAAGAAAAUGGGAACAUUUUUGUAAUAAAAACUUCCUCCAAUGUGUGGAGUCGA